ACGGGCCUGGGGUGGCAGGUCAGGCCUCUCGUGCUUGACGCAGCGGGAGGCCAGCACCAAGAUGGAUUUCGGUUCCCUGGAGACGGUGGUGGCCAACUCGGCCUUCAUUGCCGCCCGGGGCAGCUUCGACGGGAGCAGUGGCCCAUCUUCUCGGGACAGGAAGUACCUGGCCAAGCUCAAGUUGCCCCCACUGUCCAAGUGUGAGGGCCUCCGGGAGAGCCUGGACCUGGCGUUCCCGAGUGUGUGCUCAGAGCAGCCCAUCGGCAAGCGGCUGUUCCAGCAGUUCCUGGGGGCUGACGAGAGGCACAUGCCGGCUCUGGAGCUCUGGAAGGACAUCGAGGACUAUGACACGGCAGAUGAUGACCUCCGGCCACAGAAAGCACAGGCCAUCCUGGCCGAGUACCUGGACCCCCAGGCCAAGCUCUUCUGCAGCUUCCUGGACGAGGGGAUAGUGGAGAAGGCCCGGGAGGGGCCUGUGGCGAGAGGGGAUGGGCUCUUCCAGCCCCUGCUUCAGGCCACCCUCGCGCACCUGAGCCAGGCACCCUUCCAGGAGUACCUGGGCAGUCUGUACUUCCAGAGGUUCCUGCAGUGGAAGUGGCUGGAGGCCCAGCCGACGGGCGAGGACUGGUUCCUAGACUUCAGGGUCCUAGGGAAAGGUGGCUUCGGGGAGGUGUCCGCCUGCCAGAUGAAGGCCACCGGCAAGCUGUAUGCGUGCAAGAAGCUCAACAAGAAGAGACUCAAGAAAAGGAAGGGGUACCAGGGUGCUAUGGUAGAGAAGAAGAUUCUAGCAAAGGUACACAGCAGGUUUAUAGUCUCUCUGGCCUAUGCAUUUGAAACCAAAACUGACCUCUGUCUGGUGAUGACUAUCAUGAAUGGAGGCGACAUAAGGUACCACAUCUACAACGUGAAUGAGCAGAACCCUGGCUUCCAGGAGCCCCGCGCUGUCUUCUACACGGCCCAGAUCGUCAGCGGCCUGGAGCACCUGCAUCAGAGGGGUAUUGUCUACCGAGACCUCAAGCCUGAGAACGUACUUCUGGACGACGACGGCAAUAUCCGAAUUUCUGACCUUGGGCUGGCUGUGGAGCUGAAGGACGGGCAGACCAAGACCAAGGGCUAUGCGGGCACCCCAGGUUUCAUGGCCCCCGAGCUGUUGCGGGGCGAGGAGUACGACUUCUCUGUGGACUACUUCGCCCUGGGCGUCACGCUGUAUGAGAUGAUCGCAGCCAGAGGACCCUUCCGUGCCCGAGGAGAGAAGGUAGAGAACAAGGAGCUCAAGCAGAGGAUCCUCUCCGAGGUGGUCAAGUACCCGGACAAGUUCAGCCAGGCCAGCAAGGACUUCUGCGAGGCGCUGCUGGAGAAGGACCCCGAGAAGCGCCUGGGGUUCAGAGACGGGACGUGUGAUGGGCUCCGCGCCAACCCCCUCUUCAAGGACCUUAACUGGAGACAGCUCGAGGCUGGGAUGCUGACGCCUCCCUUUGUCCCGGACUCCAGGACGGUCUAUGCCAAGAACAUCCAGGACGUGGGCACAUUCUCCACCGUCAAGGGCGUGACCUUCGACAAAGUCGAUACGGAGUUCUUCCAGGAAUUCGCGACUGGCAACUGCCCCAUUCCCUGGCAGGAGGAGAUGAUCGAGACGGGCGUGUUCGCGGAGCUGAAUGUGUGGCGCUCUGAUGGGCAGAUGCCCGACGACAUGAAGGGGGUUGCUGUGGAGGAGGCAGCCCCGGCGUCCAAGUCAGGGAUGUGUCUGGUUUCCUAAAUGUGCAGGAAAAGGGAGCUCUGUGGCCCGCAGGGAGAGCUCUGUGAGAGCACCCGUGUGAGUCGCUGCGUGCCCGCAGCACUGUCAG